AUGUCCACGUUUUUUGAUGAAAUGAAAAAGUCCUUUAGUGACGUUAAAGUGACAGAAGACAAUAAAAUUGAUACCGCUGAGUUUUUAGAAGCGUCUGAAUCACUCGUUAAGUUAUUUGACCUCUUAGGAUCAUCAGCAUUUGUUGUUGUUCAAAAGGAUAUGACCGGUAAUAUAAUCAAAAUCAGAACCAGGUUAUUGCAGGAUCCAAUUAACUCAUCUACGUUGCAGGGUUUGGUAUUGUCCGAAGCUUCAACCAAAACGAAAACUGCUACUCAGGGAUUACUAUGGUUAUCUAGAGGACUUCAAUUCACCGCACAAGCAAUGAGAGAAACUGUAGACCAACCAGAUAAAGAGUUGACAGUGACUUUCACGGAUGCAUAUGGGAAAACAUUGUCCAAAUACCAUGGGAUGUUGGUGAAGCCUGUAUUCAAAUUAGCCAUGAAAGCUUGUCCUUACAGGAAGGACUUUUUUGCUAAAUUAGGUGCCGAUUCAGCAAAAGUUAAAGAGCAACUAAUAGCUUGGCUAGAGGCUUUGGAGAAAAUAGUACAGACUAUAGUAGACUUUUUUGUAUCUGGUAAUUACGGUAAAGGUUUGUAA